GCGUUAAGCCGGGGCCGCAGUGCCCGUGCGUUCGCUCGCUCGCGCAGACCUGGAGCGCCAAUGCCUGGCUGCACUGGCGACCCGGAGACGGUGGCGGCCAGAAGCUACGUCGCGCGGCAGGCGGAGGGCGCUUUCCUCCUCUCCCGGUGCCCAGAACUCCAAAGGCUCCCGUUUGCGGGCACAGCCGUGCAGAGCGGGGCCUGUGAGGCGCUGUCAGAACGGCAGCUCACCCCCCACACACACCCCCCACUAGCUCGCUGUGUGACCUUGGGCGAGUCACAUAACGUCUCUGUGCCUGAGGCUCCAACCCCAGUCCUUUGGAGGACGACGCCCCUGGGUGUCCAUCACGUACCCCGCAGCGGCCCACCUCGGGCCUGCCCUCACUCUCCCCCUCCGUGUGGCUCCCGGUGCGGGGAGACCCCAGCGAGGCCGACCCCCUCCUUUCCUCUCCCGCCUUCCACACCUUUCCUAAAGCGGCCCCGCCGCGACCCAGAGAAGCCGCCGCUCACGCCUCGGGCGGGCAGCUGUGAAGCCCCGGAAGCGAACUCCGGACCGGAGUCCCUGCCGCGGCGCUGGGACGGCGGCUCCGGCUCAGGCGCCGGAUCCCCGGCGCCGCCCGAGCCUCAGGGCGCCCGGGAUCCGCACGCCCGGCGCGUCUGGAGCCGCAGUCUUCCGGGCGCGAGGUGCCCACUGGGGUUUCCCGACGGCGGCGGCGGGGCCGAAAGGCCGGGUGACCCGAGGGCGGCCGGGUGCUAGCAGCCCACUUUAGCAGGGCUGCCCCAACCCCUGGCACGUGACUCCGUUAUCGGAUUCAGGCGCGGUAAGCAGGAAUUAUAGUCACGCCCUCCCUACCUUAGAAAAGUACCACCGGCCCAAUGAUGUCUUGAAAGACACAGGAAAAGAGUCUUACUAUCACCCGUUACUCCACCUAAACUGUAGAGUGUUUUUUGCCUCUGUUCUGCAGAUUUCAGAAGGUUACUUUUCCGGGCAUCAUCUGGACGCUUCUAAAUAAAGAGGAUUUCAUGAAGAGAACGCUUUGAACCGCCAGAGUGCGGGAAAGGCUAUCGCACGCCCCCUGCUAGCCAGGCAGGAGGUCGGUGGGCUGGGAAGAGAGAGGAACCAAGGUGCAGGUACCUAGGCCCAGCGUCUCUCCCUACCGCCGUCAUUCCCAGGCGACUCUGCGCAGGUGCCCACAGCCCACCCCCUGGCCGUUAGAGAUGGGAAAGCGUGGAUUUCUGCACAGCUUACCUAACAUCUGUGUCUUCUCUGUUCCCACACCUCCUCCAACACAGCCGAACCCUCUUCAGCCAGUCCCCCUUCCUUGCCUUACUGCCUUUUGCACCCAGAUGGGUCAGCCAUUCAAAACUGUGCUGCCCGCACUCCCUAUCUGGGUCCUCCCUUUCCCUUCCUCCUCGCCUUCCCCACUGAACUGGGCUGGAAGCAGCCGCAAGCGGAGAGCUCCUGUGCUCUGGCGUCUGACUCCCAGCGCCUGACUCCCAGCCCUGCCGUUUGUCAUCGCUCAGAGCUGCUUUCCUCCCCUGUAAAUCUGGGAUUCGCGAUAUCUACCCCGCAGAGAUUAAACAGGCUAACUGAUGUCAAAUGCCCAGAACAACUACUAAGCCUCUGUGCACUCCUUAGCUCACUGCCUUCCCCCAGGCCCAUUCGACACCACCCUCCUCCAGGCCUACCCCGGACUGCUGGAAACCUCUGGAAGGAGGGCGUGAAAUCACCAUGAGGAUCGAUUUCCCUACAAACCUAUGCAUCACGUUUC